AGUUAUCCGCGUUACACCGUAUAGUGGAUAACUGUUGUCCUGUCAUAGCUGCAUUACAAAACAUGUAGAACAAGUUUUGGUAUAGCCAAAGGCGUGGCUUUAUGCUAUAUAAAUAGAAGUAAUAAGAGGGGUAUUCAGUUCUAGCGAGAUUUUUCUGGAGUCACCUUCUACUUUUCAACAUGGACGAAAGAAUGGAGACUAUGAUACAGGAUAAAGUUCAGCAGGCAUUUACGAUGCAUAAAACAGAUAUGUUAUCGGAGAUGGAAUCCAUGUUCAAUAAGAUAAGUGAAAAUUCUAACAGUUCUCAGUUAAAUAAAAUAUCUGGUAUUGUGAAGUCGUCAGUUGGACAAAAAUUUAAGAGAAAAAGCAAUGAGGAACAAUUUAAAAUUAAUGAAAGUAUUUCAUUAAAGCUAGAUGAAGCAUCUGAAUCCAACAAUUUGCAAGAGGCACGCUCAAAAAUCGCGGAAGCGAAGACCAUGAUAACACACAGACAAAAGCUGAUAAGAUUGGCCGAUUCGUCCGAGCUAGGAUGGAAACUCGUAAAUGAAUAUGAGUCAAACCCUCUAGCCAGUGAUUCGGACGACGAAAAGCGUAUAUACAAAGCAGAGGCACGGGCCAACCGUAAAGCUAGAGCGGAAAAGGUUAAGAGACGAUCCCAGUUUAGGACAGCACCUUAUCGCAGGAUCGAGCCUAGCAGAAUUGAUCAAAGCCCACGAAACAAAACCAAAGUCAGCAAAAUUCAAGACGUUUGCCAGGGUUAUGUUUUGCUUGCGGAAAACCAGGUCAUUGGAAGGGAUCACAAGAAUGCCCAAUGACCAAUACUAACAAUAAGAUAAGUACUUAUUUUUGCAAUAAGAUUUGUAAGCAAAGUUCGGAAAACUUUUCAGGUGUCGCCAAAGGUUUAGAGCAAGAAACAAAAGGUGAGAAUCUUUCGAAAAAUAAGUUUGAUAAUAAGUCAGAAGACUUUCAGAAUUCCGGAAAUGAAAGAGAUAAAAAACAGGUAAAAUCACCAGUAGGUAGGCUAAAAGAAUGUUUUACCGAAUGGGAAAGCGCAACUAGCAGUCUUUUUAUCAAAAAUAUUGUAAAAGGUUACAGACUACCUUUUAAAGAAAUACCUAGCAGGGUCGUGUUAAAGAAUAAUAAAUCGGCUAGAGAGAAUCCAGAAUUUGUUCGUACAGAAAUUAAGAGUUUAUUACAGAAAGGUGUCAUAUCAAAAACAGAAAAUCUUCCACAUGUAGUAAAUCCUCUAACUGUAGCAUAUGGUAAAUCUUGAAAACCAAGGUUGGUUCUAGAUUGCAGACAUAUUAAUCCGCAUUUGCACUUGUUUAAAGUCAAGUUUGAAGAUGUUAA